CUAUUUAUUGACCUAAAUUUGACAGUUUGGCGCACGUUGUUGCUUGCAAAAUACGAGAAUUUGAAAAAUAACCAAACAACUCUUAUCGUUUUCAUUUACCCAAUGUCCAAGGAGUUUUGCGAAUAUGGUGAAAGUUAAAGUAAUCUGCAGAAAUCCUGAUGAAUACUUACGAGAAACAAAACACGAUUUCCAUAAAGUUCCUCGCAAUUAUGAUCCAGAAUUACAUCCUUUUGAAGCUGCAAGGGAGUACACAAGAGCUUUGAAUGCAGUGAAGUUGGAACGUAUAUUUGCCAAACCUUUUAUUUGUAGUUUGGAUGGGCACAGUGACAGCAUAUCUUGUUUGGCCAAACAUCCAACUCAUCUAUCUAAGUUGUUGAGUGGAGCAUACGAUGGUGAAUUGAGGCUUUGGGAUAUUCCUCGAAAGGUAUGUCUUAGAAAUUUUGUGGCACAUGAAGGUGUAGUUAGAGGAAUUACCUUCACACCAAAUGGUGAACAUUUCAUCAGUUUGAGUGACGAUAAGACAAUAAAAACAUGGAGUUCCUCGGUACCAGCUGAGGGAGAAGAAGAACAGCCUGUUAAUACUGUUCUCAGCAAAUCUGUUUUAUUUGGGCUUACACAUCAUAGAAAAGAACCGAUAUUUGCAACAUGUGGUGAAGUUUGUCAAAUCUGGAAUGAAACCAGAAAUGAACCCAUUAAAACAUUCCAGUGGGGCGUAGAUUCUUUAUAUGAUAUUGCUUUUAAUCAAGUUGAAACUAGCUUACUUGCUAGCUGUGCUAGUGAUAGAAGCAUUAUCUUAUAUGAUAUGAGAGAAGCAGCACCUCUUAGAAAAGUUGUGAUGAAACUUAGAGCUAAUAAAUUAUGUUUUAAUCCUAUGGAAUCAUAUAUUUUCACCUGUGCUAGUGAAGAUUACAAUUUAUAUACUUUUGAUACAAGACGUUUGAAUCGUCCAGUGAACAUCCAUCAGGAUCAUGUGGCAGCAGUGACUUACAUAGACUACUCCCCAACCGGCAAAGAAUUUGUAACAGGAAGUUAUGAUAAGACUAUCAGAAUAUUUGAAACUGAUAAAGGACAUUCUAGAGAUAUUUAUCAUACAAAGAGAAUGCAAAGACUUACCUGUGUUCAGUGGAGCUUGGAUGAUAAGUAUAUUAUGAGUGGCUCUGAUGAAAUGAAUAUACGAAUUUGGAAAGCUAGAGCGUCUGAGAAGUUAGGACCGUUGAACCCCAGGGAAAAACAGUCUUUAAAAUAUGCAGAAGCUCUGAAGGAGAAAUUUGCGAGUCACCCACAAGUAAGAAGAAUAAAAAGACACAGACAGGUGCCCAAGCAUGUCCACAAUGCUUUGAAAGAACACCGUGUUAUUAAACAAAAAGAGAAGAGGAAAGAGUCGAACAGAAGAACUCAUUCCACACCUGGAACUGUACCAUUUGUUCCAGAAAGAGCAAAACAUGUUCUCAAAGAAGAUAAAUAAAAUGUAUAUUAUGAACAUAAAUAAAUAUUUUAUACUA